UAGCCCAGGCAGAACUGAGGCUUUACAUUCACAUCCCAGCCGAAGAAGAGACACAGACGCAACAAUGCACGGCAAGAGUGUGGUCCUGAGAAGCUCUGGGACACUGUCCGCAGCUGAACUGGCUUGCCAGGUGUCUGAGAGGAACACGGCACGGAAGGAAUCCUUCUCCGCUGAAUGGAAAGACCUAUCUCUCACCACUCGUCCUGAAGAAGGCUGGAAUCGGUUUGAAGUGGACAAGAGGCGCAAAGAGACCUACCGCCAGCAACAGGAAGCUCGAGUCAUAGUGCAGCGGUCACCCUGGGGUAUCCUCCGCCUGGGUCUGCUGGGUGAACCCCUGACCUCCUAUCACCUGCCGUAUCAGCGGGCUUUGCCCUUGCCCCUCUUCACCCCCACCAAGUUGAGUGCCAGGGAAUACACGCCCACUCCCUCUGAGUUUGUGGAGUCACUGCCAGUGACAGGCGUGUGUCUUGACAAGAAACCUCUGGCGGAGAUCACCAAGGAAUUGCCUCCCGUUGUCCAACCCACCUGCCCCGACUUCAAGAAAGCUGGCCUGCCACGCUCAUUGUCCCGCUCCAUGUCUCAAGAGGCCCAGAGAGGCUGAGGCUUAUGGGACAUCUUCCCUCCUCCUGAAAAAAAAAAAACCCAAUGGUUCCUUUUCAGGAACUGGCUUGGAUUCUUCGGGCCUCUGUGUCUGUUGCUGCAUGAGGACCAUCUCAAGGGGCCCAGAUAGAUAGAAAAGACUUGCUAGAACUGACUCCAUCGAGAUAAACUCCUUUGGGAAGGAGCAAAGACUGUGAUUGCAUCCAUGUGUGUGUGUUUCACAGCCCCAAAACCUUGACUUUUGGAGACUACACCUCCCAGAAUCCCCCAGCUAGCAUGCUGACUGAGGAAAUUCUGGAUGUUGUAAUCCAAAAAAGUGAAUUUUCCAAGCUCUGGCUAUGUUUAACCAAAUAGAUGUACUGUAUUAUGCACUUUCUUUACUGUGUACUUUUGAACACCCGAGAGAUUAGGGAGAGCCCAUUGGACUAAGAAAAGGAAAGAAAGGUGGUACAACAAAUCCAAACAAAGAGUUUGAAGAAAAAAAAACCCUUCUUAAAGUUACACAGUGAUACUGUGAAUCUUUUUAGGGGCAAAGGGGAUGAGAUAUGGGAUAAUGGAUGGAUUUCUGAGUUUGGCUUGAGAAAGCUAAAAUAGGAUGCUUUCUAGGUCCUAAUCAGAACAAGUUUGAAUGGUUAGAAGCAAGUGGAAGAAUGUGAAGGAAGGUGAUGAUGUCCUUGAAUUUGUUGCUGUAAUGACUUUACAGCAAGGAGAGGAGAAAGAGAGUAGUGGGACUAUGUUUAACAGUGAUGUCCAGGACUCAGUCCCCUGCCACUUGCCAGUUCUAUGUGCCAUUUCAAAUGAGGAGUCAUUGCACCUUGGCAAGCUGAAGGUUGAAGCGUUUAGAAAAAUAGGAAGGCAUAUUAGUCUGGUCAGCAUAGAUUGGUGUUUUCCACACACAUACAUGUUACAACUAAAGCCAAGAAGAUUGGAGAAUUCUGUUGUGACUGUUUCUAAACACCCUGACAUUGUUUUAUCCUCUGUUGUUCUUGUGGAAAAAUUAAAGGAUUCAUUGUAGUCAAAUGCUGUAUUUUUAAUUAAUGUAUUAUCAUCAAAUAAUAAAAUAAGAGAAAUUAUAAAA